AUGCUGGGCAUAUUGACUAUAGUACUUCUGUGCAAUAUACCAACUGCUUUUCUGUCAUGUGGUAAGUAUUACGCAAUCGAUUCAGAUCUUCCUGAGGAUAAACUUAAAUUGAUCGUUAGUGAUUUCGGCGGUACAGUAAUCGGAAAGCUGCCUUUUGCAAAUGUUUACGAAAUUUCUUCACCAAAAUGUCUUGAUGAUGUACAGCUCCCGUAUGGAUUGCAUAGACGAGCUAAAAGAAGCAUAGAGUCAUUUGAAGACAACAUAAGAAGUCAUCCUCAGAUUCAAGAUGUAAAGAAACAGGAAAUCCUUAAUAUUGAAAAACGUUUCAAGUUUCGAGCUUCAGAAUUCAGUGAGCUAGUAGUGUCAUCAAUGAAGCCGACUAAGCUACCGAAGGAAAUGCAUACUGAGAGUGAUGAAGAUUUCAACCGACAGUAUGUUGAGUACGCUGGUAAGAUAAGAAGUGCAGUAAAUAUGAACGAUCCUGCAGCCAAAUACACAUGGCAGUAUUUGAAUGAUGGUAAAAGUGUCAGUCCAUUAGCUGGAUUAGACAUCAACCUAUAUCCAAUUUUUAUGGAGAAUAUUACUGGUGUCGGUUCAAAUGUUGUGAUCCUAGACGAUGGAUUGGAUAUAACACAUCCAGAUUUAGCAGACAAUUAUGAUCCAACAAUAUCAAUCAAUAUGGAUAGACCUGAGGCGAAUGGUCUUAGUCCACGUGGACCACGUGCAAUAAUGCCAGCUGAGGAAGGUCAUGGAACACGAUGUGCUGGUCUUGUUGCUGCAGUGGCAAAUAACAGUAUUUGUUCACAUGGUGUUGCACCAAAAACAAAAAUAGGAGGUAUACGCAUACUGACUGGUGAAGUGACAGAUAUUCUAGAGGCUAGAGGAUUAUCAUAUCAAUCAGAUCUAAUCAAUGUGUAUUGUUCAUCAUGGGGGCCAACAGAUGAUGGUAUUAUGAUGGAUCUACCUCAUGAAUUUGCUGAAAAAGCGAUAAAUCAUGGUUUGGAAAAAGGUAGAAAUGGUCUGGGUUCAAUUUAUGUCUUUGCUUCUGGAAACGGUGGUCUAUUUGGAGAUAAUUGUGGAGCGGAUGGAUUUAUUAGUUCACCGAAUGUAAUUGCUGUUUCAGCUGUAGAUAAUGUUGGUCGAAAAACUUUAUAUUCAGAAGCGUGUGCUUCAGUUCGUGUAUCAAUUCCUAUCGGUGGAACACCAAGUUUUUUCAGCAGUGAUUUUCUGCCAACUUCAAUGGAAAAUGGUAAAUGCGACGGAGCGUUUGUGGGUACAUCUGCAGCUGCACCAGUUUUUGCUGGGUGUAUAGCUCUGGCACUUGAAGUAAAUCCAAAAUUAACAUGGCGUGAUAUAUCACAUCUUCUACCGUGGAGUAGUCGUAUUCCAAAUCCAAUCGAUGGUGGGUGGACUGUCAACAGUGCUGGCAUAUUACAUAAUCCCUACUUUGGUUAUGGUACAAUUGAUUGUUAUCGUAUGGUGAAACUGGCGAAACAAUGGAAUUCAGUUGGUCCACUAUGUGUAUCAACUCAUGACAAUUAUGUUUAUAAUAUGUCCACGGAAUGGGGAAGAUUGCAGCCGCAAAUAAAGAAAGAAGUCCCAGAUUUGUUCCAGUGUAAUGAAAGUUGUGUGGCAGAGAUUUCUGAAGAAUAUGAAACAUACUAUGAAAAAAGUUGGGCAAUUAAAUCACAAGCAGAAACUAUAAUCUCAUUGAAUGUAACCAAUGGUGACGGUGUAACUAAAUACUCACUGCCACAGAACAUUCCAGAAAACACUCCAUGUCAUGUAGACAUUGUUGAACAAGUUAUUAUUGAUGUAAAAUGGAAACAUUCAUGUCGUGGAAGUUUAGAAUUCAAUUUGACUAGUCCGUCUGGAGCGUCUUCAAUGCUGUUGGGACAUAGAAAACGAGAUACAUAUACUGGUGAAGGUUCAAUGCUUUUUGCUUCUGCAGCUCAUUGGGGUGAAAAAGUCACUGGUAUGUGGAAGCUAAUAAUUCACGAUCGUGGACUAUGUUCAGGGAAACAAUCACCUGCAAACACUACUAGUGGCUUUAUCACUGGUAUUUCAAUAAAAUUUCGUGGAACAUCUGAAAAUGACAGUGGGUUUAUUAAGAAUAAAAAUAUGCUGGAACCAUUACUUACAAAAGUUGGGAAAGCUGCCGUGGGAUCGCAAACUUCACACAUAUUGAGUCCACAAGAAAUUAAGGAUACGUUUAAUGAACAACGAUUUUCAUCGCUUCAUCAUUCUCAACAAAUAUUUCAGCAACAUUUGAAUAUUUUCAAAAAUAAAUAUGUCGCCUGUUUAGCUACAAAACUUACUAAAUCUGAAUUGAAUCAAGAGAAACAAAAUUUCAGCGAUCAACUGAGUCAUUCAGAUCAGACUAGUGACUAUGCUAGAUAUGUAGACAACGCAUCCGGUUUACUACCUGGUAGAGUUGAUCAUCGUGGUGAUCGUAAUCCAAGCGGUGGAGACACUGCUUCAACAAUUUACAGUCGAAAUACAUCAGCACCAAUGACAACCAGUCAACCAAUGACAUUAACUCGUUUAAUCUUAUGGACUACAGAGCCACGGUUAAGAUUAAGCGUUCUACUCAUUCUGUGCAAUGUUUGUCGUGACGUUAAAGGCGGUGAAUUAGCCUCUAAAGUCUACGCGCAUACACUUCACGGAGAUCCUGAAGUACAAUCGAUCAUGGGACAUUUAAUGUCAAAAGUUGCCUCAGGUGUAUUACACUUUAUUAACCAGUGGAUUUAUAAUGGUUAUUUAGAGGAUACAUAUCAAGAAUUUUUUGUUCAAGCGAAUAUGUCUGUAAAAAUUGAUCGAUUAUGUUUUGAACCCGAUUUACGAAAAAAAAUUUUAAAUAAGUAUAGAGAUUAUGCGUCAGAUAGUAUAGAUAGUAAUCUAAUCGAAUUGUUAGCCCACUUGUUAAUGAGACUCGUGUAG